UCGGCGGAGCGCGAAGCGGAACAGCCAGACGAACGAAGGCGGGACAAAGAACGACGCGCACAUUUGCUGCUCCUAAUGCGGCACUUUGGUAACUUUCUGUUCGUUAAAAGUGACAAAUAUGCGCGUCAUUUAUGUGCGUGUCCGGAGCGGCUGGUCCGUGAACGCAUCGUGGACGUAAGCGGCGGGUCGUGGAGCGUUCAGGAGCGUGUUAUGAUAGUGGGAAUGUGCCCACGCGUGCCGAGCUCCCUGCUACAACUUCUUCAAGACGCUGUGGAUUAUUUCUGUAUUUUUUUUUUUUUUGUGAAAUUUGGUGAAAUUUAGCCUAUAAGACUGAAUGAUGAACUGCAGCUGGAGGAAGGCGAAGCGAGCCUCCCAAGUAUGAGAUGCUGCUGCCGGGCCCUGGCACUUCUCCCCUGGGUGCUGGUGGCCUUGGACGCCCAGCUCAUCUGCUGGCAGGCCCUCCUGCGGUGCCACGACGAGCCCGAGUGCGAACUGGCCUACAGCCAGUACUUAGCCGCCUGCGAGGGCAACAUUCGGGGCACCCGGCGCCAGUGCCCCAGCCACUGCAUCAACGCCCUCAUCCGCCUCAACCACACCCGCAGCGGGCCCGACCUGGAGAGCUGCGAGUGCGCCCAGGACGCGGAAUGCCUGGGCGCCAAGCGAGCCAUCGAGCCGUGCCUCCCCCGUAGACACCCGACGGACGCCGGCGGCAUCGGCUGCAUGGAGGCCCGCCAGCGCUGCGAGGAGGACGGCCGCUGCCACGCCUCCCUCGCCGCCUACCUGUCCUACUGCGGGCAACUCUUCAACGGGCGCAAGUGCUCGUCCAAGUGCAAGGCCACCAUCCAGCAGAUGCUCUACAUUCCCAACGGGGCGCUGCUCAACCGCUGCGUCUGCGACGGCGUGGAGAGACCCUUCUGCGAGGUCGUCAAGGAGAACAUGAGCAAGCUCUGUUUCAUGGGGGACCAUCACGGGGUCAUCUCGGACCAGCCGGAGUUGGACGACAUGUACGAGGACGAGGAUUACGACCCCAAACAGGAAAGGGACGAGGUCUCCAUCGACCAUUCCGCAGCUCCUCAGAGGUUCUCCGGCUUUGGGAUGCUCCUGGUCGUCUUGUUGGGAUUUAUGUGGCUUUGAGACCAUGCUGGAUUUACCGAUUAUGAACAUCUGGACCUGAGUCUCAAUAAGUCUGGAUAACGGAAGCUGGUAAAUAUUCUGUAAGAACUUCCUACAAAACGGCCAAUGGACCUUUUCUUCAUAGAUAAGGACGCUUGGCCCCAUGUUUGAGGGACCACGAGGUAUCCUCUGUACCAUGCAGCUCGGUACCAAGUUCUGCAUCAGAGUUGCAAUUCUCCAUCCAAGCACUAGGGGGCAGUGUUUUCUGGUGAGUCCACUUGGUGAGAAUCCAUGAUUCCGGUCAACUAAUUAGCUCGUUAGCUUCCUCGGUCGCUAAUGAACAAUGGCAACUAAAGCAAAAUGGAGAGCGGUACUGGAAGCAGAACUAAUUGAUGCGUCACAACACAUUUAUGGCAAGGUUGCCGACCCCCUGCUGUGGACCAGCAUACGGGGUUGGGAUCAUUGCGGAACUAGGAACUGAAACCUUGGAGUCGACACCAUCUGGAAUGUCCAGAACUGAUGUUGAAAGAAGAACCCGGUACUCCUAAGUCCUAUCGUGUCUCCAUUUUGUCAACUGCUUCCUGUUUCCUUGCAGGGGUGGGACCCCCCCUGGGUGCCCCUCCCACCUGAUGGUCGUUAGAUUGGGGGAUUCCAUAGACAGUUCAUCCGGGAUUAAUAAGACCGCUCAGUAGCCUUUGAGUCUACCAUUACGGAUCGGAUUGACCGUUACCUUGAUGACUUGGGAAUCUAAUCUGACACCACU